AAAUCAAUUAAAAAAAAAAUCAUGCGUAUGAAUGGACGUUAUCUUAAGUAAUUUCCAAUCAAUCCAUACUAUAAAACCAGCAGAAAAUAAUCUCAUAAUUAACAGUUGACUUCAAUUUUGUCUCCGGAAAGUAUCAUAAUAAUAUAUAGGCCUAGUUCAUUGAUACAGUAGUUGAAGUGGAGUAACUGCUAUUAUUUCAAAAAAUCAUUCGCAUCAUUGUCGGUUGUAGCAAUGGAGAUUCACCAUUUCAUAGUAGUGUUCACUAUCCUACUUACAUCCAAGGCACUGGCUCAGUUCUACCCUACAACAGAAAAUCCAUUGCAAUCAUGCUACAAACCUUACAGUUGCCUGAAUUGCACCACUGCAAGGGUUUGCAGACCGAACCCGAAUGGUGAUGGCACAUUCAUCGACUACAAGGACUUCAACUGCACAAAAGACAGACCGUUCUGUGAUCAAGCAACAGGCAGCUGUUCGACCAAACCUUCGUCUGACGAAUGUGAAGUCGAUUCGGCAGUUUUGGGAGAAUAUGUCUGCAUGAAAGACGGCGUUUUCCCGGACCCAACUUCAUGCAAGAAAUACUUCCGAUGCAAGAACCUCACCUCGAUUUCUUUCAACUGCUCGACUGAUGGCAAUGAUAAUUACGAUGCCUUUAAAGAAAAGUGCUUUGAUUCUUCGUACUGUAGUUUUGUCGAUUGUUUCCGUUACAACGGAUUCAAAAGGGUUGUCAGAAUUGGUGAUCAAGUAACACCGUUUUUCGCAUAUUGCAUUCGUAGCAGAGCGGCUGUAAUGGACAAGUGUGAUGGAAAAUAUUUAUUGAAUGAGACCACUCAGAUGUGUGAGCCUGUCUGCUCAUAUCCCGAUGUUAAUGGCGCAUGCUCCACGUAUACUUCCAACUCCGAUUGAUUGAUUGAUUGAUUGAGUACUUUA